AGUGGUUAUGUGAGCAUGGGCAGGAGACCUUUUCAAGGCCAAGGCCAACAGGUAGCCCUUCUGACCACGCAUUCUGGCCCUAUACAGGUCAAGUCUGGCACCAUCUUUGACAACUUCCUCAUCACCAACGAUGAGGCGUAUGCUGAGGAGUUUGGCAACGAGACGUGGGGUGUUACAAAGGCAGCAGAAAAGCAAAUGAAGGACAAGCAGGAUGAAGAGCAGAGGCUAAAGGAAGAGGAGGAGGAGAAGAAAGGCAAGGAGGAGGAAGAGGCAGACAAAGAUGAUGAGGAGGACAAGGAUGAGGAUGAGGAGGAUGAAGAUGAGAAGGAAGAGGAGGAAGAAGAAGAUGCUGCCGCUGGCCAGGCCAAGGAUGAGCUGUAGGGGCCACCUCCGCUUCCAGGGCUGGACUGAGGCCUGAGCGCUCCUGCCGCAGAGCCGGCCGCGCCAAAUAAUGUCUCUAUGAGACUGGAGAACUUUCAUUUUUUUCCAGGCGGGUUCCAAUUUGGGGUGGAUUUUGUUUUUGGCUCCCCCCUCCCCCCCUUUUAAAAUUUUUUUUUCAUAUUUUUUUUUUUUUACUGGCAUUUUGUCUCUUGAUUCUCCUGUAGCCCUCACCCCUGGCCUUCAUCUAUCUUGAUUGACAUCUUUGCUUGCUUCUGUCUCCUUCACUCCACAUCCCUAAGUUCCCUUCCAGCUUGGGGACUCAGGGUGGGAUGUGGUGUGGAGGAGAAGCCCAGGCCCAAAGUUCCAUCUGUUCUCCUUCCUGGAUCCCAGAGGGUGGGGUAGGAGAAGAGGGUGGCAUCCCCCGCCCCCCAGCACUGAGGAAGAAUGGGGCUCCUAAGGCCUUAGCUCUGAUCCUUUCCCCUUUCUCCCUGCCCCCAGGACUGGGCCACUUUUGAGUGGGGCGGUGGGUUCUAGCUCAGCUCAUGCUGAGAAUGUAAGAGCUACAAACAAAAUUUCUAUUAAAUUAAGUUUUGUGUCUUCAAAAAAAAAAAAAAA